AUGGAAAAUAUAGGCCUGGGGAUAAAAUUAAGUACUCUUGAGGAAGGCUUGGAUUCCGAGACGCACUGGAAAUAUAUAACACAGGAAGACAUCGACGAACAGCGCCGAGUACCCGAGCGCAAUAUGCUCUUGGAGAUGGAAGGACUUGUAAAGUCUGGUGGGAAUGUUAAUCAACUCGACAAUCAGGGCGCCACGAUGGUAGCCCAUUUGUGGGCGUAUCGCCUGUGCAGUGACGUGUUUGCCCAUUGGCCCACACUCGCACGGUUCGAGUCCCGCCAGGAUUACUGGCGAAACGAUAAGUUGUCGUCGCGAUUGCGGUCCAAGCUAAGAGAUGAGAACGGUCAUUUGGAAUGCAUUGCAAAUUGA